ACUAACAAGGCUUUGGGUAAUUACGUCUUUCUCAACCUGAAGAGUCAAGACUAAAGAAGCAUUAUCCAAUUACAGAUACAACUACAAAGGAUUACCUUACAGAAGCUUGAACCAUGACAACAAUGGCUGCUUCCUCACUACUUUCACCUCUCGCUUUAAGUGUUUCAACGAAUCUUCAUAAUAAGGCGAAACAAAAUGCACAAAGGCUUAUUAUUCGAUGUUCAAAUAUGAGACAUGCUCCUGAAUUGUCAUAUAUUGAAGGCCCAAGAUUGAAUCUAUUUAAGCGCAGGAAUGUUAUGGGGCUGCUUCUUGGACUUUCUUGUCUCAGUAUAGACUCUCAAGAGACUAGUGCUGCAGGCUUGCCUCCAGAAGAAAAGCCUAGAAUAUGUGAUGAUGCAUGUGAGAAGGAGCUUGAAAAUGUACCCAUGGUGACCACUGAAUCUGGGUUGCAGUACAAAGACAUCAAGGUCGGUGAAGGUCCAAGUCCACCAAUUGGCUUUCAGGUUGCUGCAAACUAUGUUGCAAUGGUUCCUUCUGGACAGAUUUUUGACAGCUCACUUGAGAAGAAACAGCUUUACAUCUUUCGAGUUGGCUCUGGCCAGGUCAUUAAGGGACUUGAUGAAGGACUCCUUAGUAUGAAAGCUGGUGGUAAACGGCGACUUUACAUUCCAGGAUCGUUGGCAUUUCCAAAAGGGCUGACCUCAGCUCCAGGAAGGCCUCGUGUUGCCCCAAGUAGUCCCGUUGUCUUUGACGUGAGCUUGGAGUACAUACCAGGUCUGGAGAUAGACGAAUAAUAACUGCAUAGCUCAUGAACUCACCUACUUAUUCUUCCUGUUCUACCUAUUUCCGCACCUGGAAGUGGGGAGCCAACAGAGUUGAUAGCUCUUUUUUACUUCAAAUUAAUUAUUCCUCUUGUUACAUAUCCGCAAUUGUAUAAAUUCAGCUUAUUAUUGAAUUGGCUGUGCAUAUUUCCAUUAUAGAAUGUGAAUUCUUGUCA